AUGUCAAAACACCAUAGAAAUGAACCUCUUGUAAAACAGCUGUUGUGUGCCAAAGGAAAAGACAAAAAGUUAUUGUUAACUGAUCUUAGAAACAAAGGAAACAACCAGCACAAUGAAGAUGUGCUUAAAGCCAAGAAAGGAGAACUACUCCUUUCUCGCCGGUGCAAUGAGAAAAAAUUCAGUGUUUCCAACUAUGGACCUUGUCCAAAUUGUCUGUCUUGGAUUCUUUUAGCAAAUAUACAUAGACACAAGUGCACAACAAGUAAGAAAUCAGCUUCUGUACAUGUUUCAAAAGGAAAUCUCCUCAUUCAAAGUGCUGUAUUAGCAGGAAGGGUUACUGGAGAGGCUGACCAAACUUUGGUAAGGGAAGUGUUUCCAAUCAUGAAAGACUACAAAGUUGGUGUCUUGGCAAGACAGGACAGACUAAUUGUAGGUUUAGGAAAUCAGUGGAUGCGCCGUAACGUUGGUAACAAAUUAAUGCGGAAAUAUUAUGCCUCUGCAGUUAUGCGACUUGCCAGCAGGCUCCUAAUUCAGUUGAACAGCAUGGUAACUCCUGCCAGUGGAAAGGACCUUGAGUCAUACAUUCAUCCAAUGUAUUUCACUGAAAUUGCAAAAGCUACAUUAAAAGUUGCAAGACAAGAUGAGGAUGAUGAGGAGAAGAUUGAAGCCCCAUCUAAUGCCAUCAAAUUAGCAUAUGACUUAAAAAGAAUGGGAAAUCUAAAGCUUGCCAAUGCGAUUAAGCAAUGCGACAACAUAAAGAAAUCUGAGGCAAAGGAUUUCCUAAAAUUGAUGCAAUUAGAAUGGACAACAAAGCUGUCUAGAGUAGCAUUAGAAGAGAGGAAGCACUUGAAGAAUAAACCUCUACCUUUACCCGAGGAUGUCCAAAAGCUGGCGGUAUACUUGCGUUCUGAAAUGGAAAACUUCAACAUAGAAGACACUUCAUAUGAGAACUUUCGGAAUGGUGUUAUACUGGCUGAGGCUGGGCUUAUAACCUACAACAGACGGCGACCAGGAGAGAUCCAAGCACUGAGCUUGAUGGCCUAUGAAAACAGAAAGACAUGUAUUGAUGAAGUAUCUGAGGAGAUUGCACACAACCUGAGUUCCUUUGAGAAGAAACUGGUAGAAUCACAGGAUGUGAUUGAAAACAGAGGAAAGUGUGGCAAAUAUGUGCCAGUGAUAGUGCCAUCACACAUCAGAAGGAUUCUAAAAUAUCUAGCUGACCCAGGGAUAAGGAGGAAUGUGGGAAUUCCUUCCAAACCAUACAUAUUUGCAACUAACAAGUUGCUAGAAAACAGUAGAGAUCUUGGAGAGAUAGGUGGAGAUGCAGAAAAAGCAAGUUUGGAUCAAACAGAGGACAGCCGAGAAGAUGGAGAUUUCAUCCCAGACCUUCUAGAACAGAUUGAGGAGCCCACCAAAAGUAAACCAGACAAAAGGAAGGCGCCAACUUUAAAUAGGCACAAGUGGAUCUUUAAAGAGUUGGAAGAACUUAAGGAUGUUUUCAAGGAAUUCUUCAGAAAAGACAAAACCCCAGGCAAAAAACAUAUUGAAGAUGGAAAAAAGAGGAGGAUUAAUCUGGCGCUUGGACACAUCUAA